AUGAGUGAAUCUCCGCACAAUUCGUCAUCCUACCCUCUGGUACCGCCUCCUCAGCAGCCGCUAAUCGAUUUGUCAUGUGGAAAAUCUGAGCACAUUCAGCGUCCAGUCCAUAACAAAAAUCCUAUGGCAAUCCGUUUCAGAGGUGUGGAUUACGAAUAUCCGGCCAAAACUUGUGGUAUUUCUGCAUUGGUAAGUUGAGGGUGAUGUCGUAGAUGAAGAUUGAGAGAUAUUUUUGCUGUUGCAGUUGAGCUUAAUUUGCGUUUGCAGACUUGGAUUCGAUUUCUGGCCCUUUUGAAUGUUGCCAUCUCUCUGGCCGGAGUCUUGGCGAUUUGGAACCCGUUUCUCAUCGUAUCCGUCCUUCUUUCAAUUGUUUCUUCGAUCUACUUCUUCAUCGUCACUCUCUUUAAGAAGUCCUUCAUUCGUUACGAGAACCUCGCUUUCAUCAAUGUAAGUUCUUUAUUUUUAUAUUGUACUUGGUCUUUAGUAUGGAAAUAUCCCAUUCUCCGGCUUUCUCCUCGGAAUCGAGUUUCACCAGUAUCGUACUGGAUGGGCUCUAAUUCCAGCUCUCGCUCAUAUCAUUGGCUAUAGCAUUGUUUGUGAUGGUGCGUGUUAUUUGGAGACUGGAUAUUGGUGCUUGUCUCGUCGAUCGCCGGUGUGCCUUUCGUCCGACCCUCCAGUUGAUCGGACCUUCUUCUUUUGGCAUGAAUUGGGAAGCAGGAAGAUCUAUGGGAAUCGUUGCGAAUGCAGAAGAGUAAGUUGGACAUUAUUUUAAGGAUCUUAUUUUAGGGUUCAAUUGCAUUUAUUAUGGAUGAAAAUUGAAGAUUAUUUUUUCAGAUUCUCGGCUACGUUUGCAGUUACCUGGCUUUGACCUUGGUGUUUGCCAAUAUUCUUCUUUUUCCAAUCUAUCUCCACAACCAUUCGAACUUUGCGCCAAUCAUCAUGACUUUCUGGUAUUUGGUUGGAGUCUUCUGUUUCUACGAACGAAAGGCCUUCCUUGGUUACAAGAAAGAGGGAUAUAUCCGUGUUAUGGUACGUUUCAAGUCUCAUUUUUAUUAUUUUCAAUAUUAGGUUUGGACUUUCGGUUUCAACUUUGGCAUCAUCUUGUCCAUUGUGAUCAAAAAGUUGAAGGACAAGUACUAUGACGGAUACUACUAUCUUCCCCGGACUUUUGGUCUCAUCUUGAUCUCAACCGUUGUCAGUGGGAUCCUCGCCUAUCUACACAGCAAGUUCUACAAGACUUUGACUGAGCGUAAUCAUCAGCAGGAGCAUUAUGUCGCCGUUCCAUCCGAAAAUCAUCAGAGUGGGAUCAAUAUCUAA